UGGUAAUUAGGCUAAGAGAGAGGGAGAAUUGUUUCAUUGUGAUUCAUUGCAAGAACGGCUCUGAUAGCCCUUUGGUGCAGCGAGCGGCGUAGGAAUAUCACAGACAACCCACUCAUCCUCUACCUCAUCACACCGUUCAUCACCACCACAAACACAACAACAUACGUACCAUACCAGGUGAAGGUGAGGUUGUUCUUCUUCUACCUUCUUCUUCCUCACUAACCAUUUUCUCUUUCCUCUAAACCCCAUUUCUCUCUCUCACUAGAUCCAACCGCAAGCACCGCACCGAACCGAGCUGACGACAACACAAUGAUCCAACCCUAAUUCUACCGUCUCUUACCUCCAAGCUUCCUUCAUUUUCAUUUCGAUUCACCAUGUGUUCGCCUUACAAUUGUGGUCAACCCUCUGUAUUGGAUCUGGGGUCCUUCAUGUUUGCGAUGAAGCUAGGGUUUGCACCCAAUUUUGUCUCAAGAUUGGGGGAUUUUCUCUUCUGAUUGUUAAUUUCGACACCCUACUUCCCCUCUUACCUGGGAUUCUUGGAUUUGUGUUGGACUCGAGGUUUUUGGUGGAAAAGUUUUCGCUUUCCUUUUCUUCGUUGUUUCCCUUUUCCUGCAAUUGAAAUUUGCAAUAAAGGAAACAUCUUUCCAGCUUGGUGAUUGAAACUGCGAUGGAGGAAGAGUCCUCCGAUGCAAUGAACCUUGAUUUGAAUCUGGGUCCGGGCCCAGAGCCUGAAACUGGCCCCAUGAGCAAUGAAGCUGUGAACUUGGAUGAGUGGAUAGGAGAGCCUCUUCAGAGAAUCAGCGAAGCUGUGAGGUUUAGGGCACGACAACGGUGGCGAUGGCGGCAUCUUCCGCUACCGCAUCCUGAACUUCAUGUCCACAUCCCACCUGAAGCUGCGCGGCAUUUUCAUAUACCUCCUGAGGCUCACAAUAUCUCCAUGGAAUUGAACCAGUUUCUGGUCAAUUCUGGAAAUGGAACUGCCUUACAGGCUGGAGAAGGCAGUGUGGCGGCCGAAGAGAGAGUGGAGGAGGUGCCGAAGGCGUGUGAGAAUGUGAAUGGUGUUGCAGAGGACGAGGCUUCGCAGAAGAAGGAUGAUGUUGAAAAGGGUAGUGGCACUGAUGGGGACUUUUUUGAUUGUAACAUCUGUUUGGACCUCUCUAGGGAUCCUGUUGUGACUUGUUGUGGCCAUUUGUUUUGUUGGCCUUGCCUGUAUAGGUGGUUGCAUCUGCAUUCAGAUGCGAGAGAGUGUCCAGUUUGCAAGGGAGAGGUGACUCUCAAAGGUGUUACCCCAAUAUAUGGCCGAGGGAACAAUGUCCGAGGUCACGAUGAGGAUUCUGCUCUUAAGAUCCCUCCCAGGCCCCAAGCAAGGAGGGUUGAGAGUCUGAGACAAACCAUUCAGAGAAAUGCAUUUACAGUCCCUGUGGAAGAGAUGAUUCGGCGUAUCGGGAGUAGAAUUGAUCUUACUCGUGAUUUUGUUCACCCACAUGAAGGGGAGGGUGCCCGUGAAACUGCAGAGAGAACUACUUCCUUGCUAAGUAGGUUCUUGACUGCUCGAGGGAUUCGGAGAGAGCAAAAUUUAGGGCCACUCCCAGAGGAUGUGAUGGCUUUUGCUCAGAAUAAUGCUAAUAAUAAUAAUAAUACUGCUGAGCCAGGGGAUAACCGAAACAGGGUGCAACAAUCCCAUAUGCUUCGAAGAACACAAUCACACAGAGCAACGCUUUCUACUCUUUCAGCACUCACUUCUGCUGAAAGGUUACUGGAGGCUUAUUUCCGUAGCAGUGCAAUUGCUAGGAACCAAGAACAACCUUCACCUCCAGUUGAUGACAGGGAUUCUUUUUCAAGCAUUGGCGCUGUUAUAAAUUCAGAGAGUCAAGUGGACACUGCUGUGGAGAUUGAUUCCAUGGUAUCCUUGUCAACAUCCUCUUCUAGGAGGAGGAAUGAUGCUUCAAGAUUGUCUGAUGUGGAUAGUGGAGAUUCUCGUGCUCCAAGACGCAGACGUUUGAACUGAUAAAAAACUCUUAUAGAUCUUCAACUUAUUACUAUUCUAUCAUGUACCUCAUAUGAUAAUAAUUUUCCAACACCUAUGUAAGUGCUUCUUGCUUUCGCGUUGCCUUAUAUUUAUGAAGUUUUCACCGUUUACAA